GCCGCGGACUCCGGCAGCUUUAUCGCCAGAGUCCUCGAACUCCCGCUUUCUUUUUAUUUCGCUGCAUCGGAUCACCGGCGUGCCCAUCAUGUCAGACACGGCCGUGGACACCAGCUCCGAGAUCACCACCAAGGACUUAAAAGAGAAGAAGGAAGUUGUGGAGGAGGCGGAGAAUGGGAGAGAGGCACCUGCUAAUGGAAAUGCUGAGAAUGAGGAAAAUGGGGAGCAGGAGGCCGACAAUGAGGUAGAUGAAGAAGAAGAAGAAGGUGGGGAGGAAGAGGAGGAGGAGGAGGAAGGUGAUGGUGAGGAAGAGGACGGAGAUGAAGAUGAGGAGGCUGAGGCAGCUACGGGCAAACGGGCAGCUGAAGAUGAUGAGGAUGAUGAUGUUGACACCAAGAAGCAGAAGACCGAUGAGGAUGACUAGACAGCAAAAAAGGAAAAGUUAAACUUAAAAAAAAAAAAAGGCCACCGUGACCUAUUCACCCUCCACUUCCCGUCUCAGAAUCUAAACGUGGUCACCUUCGAGUAGAGAGUCCCCGCCUGCCCGCCCGCCCACUGGUGGGCAGCGCCACCCGCAGAUGACACCGCUCUCCACUACCCAACCAAAACCACAACGUGAAUUUGCAACAGGGGAGGAAAAAAGAACCAAAACUUCCAAGGCCCUGCUUUUUUUCUUAAAGUACUUUAAAAAGGAAAAUUUGUUUGUAUUUUUUAUUUACAUUUUAUAUUUUUGUACAUAUUGUUAGGGGUCAGCCAUUUUUAAUGAUCUCGGAUGACCAAACCAGCCUUCGGAGCGUUCUCUGUCCUACUUCUGACUUUACUUGUGGUGUGACCAUGUUCAUUAUAAUCUCAAAGGAGAAAAAAAACCUUGUAAAAAAAAUGAAAACAACAACAAAAAAAACAAUCUUAUUCCGAGCAUUCCAGUAACUUUUUUUGUGUAUGUACUUAGCUGUACUAUAAGUAGUUGGUUUGUAUGAGAUGGUUAAAAAGGCCAAAGAUAAAAGGUUUCUUUUUUUUCCUUUUUUUGUCUAUGAAGUUGCUGUUUAUUUUUUUUGGCCUGUUUGAUGUAUGUGUGAAACAAUGUUGUCCAACAAUAAACCGGAAUUUUAUUUUGCUGAGUUGUUCUAACAAA